CACCACUGACAUUAGUCGGUCUCACCACAUCGAACCAAACGCGCGUGUGUAACGGCCACUUUUAAUUUAUUCAGAAACAUAUAAUCACAACAAAAUUAAUCUGGGAGGUUCUGUGAUAAUUCGCAGAGAGCAAAGGAAGGUGAAUGUGAAAUUGUGUUCGUUAAAAAACUUGAAAAAGAAUCAUUAAAAGUUUCACAAAGUGAAAAACGAUAAGAUAAAGUAAAGAAUACAAUAAAUUGUUAUCGAGUUCCAGUGAGGGUGCAGUCCGUGCAGUGUUUUAGUGCAAAAAUUGCGACCUUCCUUUCUAAUUGAGCAUUUUGUAACAUGUCGCAAUCUUCGAAACUCUACUUGAAUUUAUUCAGUUUCGCUAACAUUUCGUAGCGUUUUGUAAACAUUGUGUUAUUUGACGUCGCGACAAUAAACGCUUGGAUGAUGGGACGCCGAUCUGAGAUGGCCACCCCCGAUAACAGCGACGAAGAAAGCGGAGACGCUUUCACCGAUGGGGACUUCGAGGACUCCGGCGACGAAACCGUUGUCGAAAAUAACAAAUCUCAUAUACCUGUUAAUGACACUGUCAAUGAAGAAGUCAAGAAUGGUCAAUAUGUAGAAGAGAAUACUCCAAAAGUUAACGGUCACAAUAGUCAGAUAACGCCCUUAGAAGGUCCAGUCUUAACAGAUGUGCGCCGAGAUUCCUACGCAGAACAAACACCUUCGAUUGUUGGCAUCCUAGGAGAUCAACAUAAUCAUGCGGAACAGCGAUUAGCGGCGCGACGGGCGGCGCGGGCGGAAGCGCGGGAGAUUCGCAUGCGAGAGUUGGAGCGACAGCAACGCGAACAAGAGGACCAUGCCGAUAAAGCUUUCGAUAUGUAUACGGAGUCGGUGGGGAGGCGAACGGGGAGUCGUCUGGCGGCGCUCAGUCCCGCUGGAGUGCACUCACCGAGACGCAGCUCCGAGGACUCCGCUGACGACGGGUUCAACGUCAAAGACCUGAGGCACGAGCUGAAAGAAGUCGAAGAGAAGUUCCGCAAGGCGAUGAUACUGAACGCCCAGCUGGACAACGACAAGGCGGCGCUCGGCUACCAGCUCGAGCUGCUCAAGGACAGGAUCGAGGAGCUCGGCGAGGAGUACGCGCAGCUACAGCGCGAACACAAAGAGAAGUGCUCGACGCACGAGCGCUUAAAACGCGAGCACGCGUCCGUGGAGCGCGAGCUGGAGGCGGCGAGGGCGGCUAUACGCGCGCGGGACGCCGCCGCCGCCGACGCGGGCUUCGCGUUCGUGGAGGCCGCCGCGCCCCCCGCCCCGCCCCGCACCGCGCCCGCCGACCCGCCCCCCGACCCCGCCGCCCCCGCACCCCUCCUCGCGCUCGUCUCGCACGCCGCGCAUCAACUGCUCGAUGACGUCGGCGAGGGAACGCUUGAUGUCCGGUUACAGAAGCUGGUGAGCUCGAAGCAGGCGCUCGAGUCCGAAGUGCGGAAACUGAAGAUCCAGCUGAACGAAGAGCGCGCCGCCAGACAGAACGGGGUCGCCAACCAUCACGACCAGGAGUAUGAGGACGAAUUGGAGACCCUGCGGAAGUCGGUGUCGGAGGCUCGCGGGCGGGCGGCGCGCGCGGAGGCCGAGGCCGCGCUGCAGGCCGGCGGCGCCGCCCGCCUCGCCGCGCAGCUGGCCCGCCUGCGCGCCCGCCAGGACCAGCACGACCAGCUCGAGGACCAGCUCAACCAGGAGCGGAGGAGGCUGCAGCGCGAGACGAGGGAAGCGCUGAACCGCGUCGAGGAGUUGGAAACCGAGAACAGUCACCUCACGAAACGUCUCGACAAAUUGAAGAACGCGAAGUCUGCGCUGCUCAAGGACCUGUGAGGCGCGCGACGCUUCACGCCGACUGCGUUGUUCGGAAUACGACAUUUAAACUAAAUUGAACUUUAUAAUGUGCAACGGAAAGGAGGUAAUCAAUUGAACCGACAUGGAAUUCGAGAAAGUAUUCAUUAAAUGAAACUACCGUCAAUGUAUAUAGCGCCACUCGACUACCGCGAUCUGCAACACACCCGGAGAUCCUGCGUAAUACACUGCGUGUGAGGAUUUUGUACGACUUACAUUGCUGGCUCAUCAAGUAUACUGAAAAUAUACCUGUAUAACUUAGAUUUUAGUGUAGUGAUACAUUGCGUGUGGCUUCGGGACCUCGCGACCACGAAGACAAAGGUUUAUUCACCCACGUAAUAUCCUUUUAGUCGACGCCUUAUCUCAACACAGCAUCCUGAAGAUCAUCGCCUCUCUAAUUUAAGAUGAUCAGUCGAAUCCAGAUAUUUCUAAAUGGACAAAUGGGCUCAUCACACUCACCUCUACGGUCUGUAUGUUGAAAAUAAACAUUUACAAAAGUUGGAAAUAUUAAAUUUUAAUUCUCGAUACCGGGCUGUAAUUUUUUGCAAAAACCUACGAAUAAUUCAGGAGUAAUAUGUUUUUUAUGGUUUAGAAUAAUUAAACAAUUUCGUUUCUCCAGUGCUCACUUAAUUUCGUUUUAAUCAUUAUUGUUCUAUUGUAGAAUUUUAAGAAAAAAAAAGAGCAUGUUAUUGUAAAUUUUAUUAUUUACUCCACUAUUUGAUGCGCAUUACACAGUGUGAGGGUAUAUUUAUUUUUAAUCUGCUCUUAAAUACUUUUGAUUUUUAUUUAUUGCACUGUUGAGCGAGAGAGGUCACAGGCCACCUCUUGUUCGAUGGCAACAGGAGUCCACGGAGGUCGUAGUCUCGAUUGCAUUGUAUAACGAUUGUAUCGACCUACGAACCGAAACACAUGACUGCUUCGCGGUAGAAAUAGGCCGGAUAGUGGUACCUAACCGCGCGGGCUGGUAGGCCACUGCUGGGAGGAGGGUAUCGAAAAAAAACUACUACCGUAUUUUAACAUUCGUUUUAAAAACUUCCUAGUUCGCCGAUUCGGAAUACUAAAAUUAACAAAUAAUUCAAGACUUUUCUCUUUCUAUUAAGUCAAUAUUUCUUAAAUCCACAAUGUAAAGCAAAAUGGAAACGUCGGACAUUGACUCCACUCGUCAGCUCUGUGUU